CAGGUGGCGUUGAAGCCCCGUGUUCUAUUUUAAAACAGAACUAUUAAUUAUUAUUUUUGCCCAUCAGUUUUUUUCUUUUUUUCUUUUAGAUAUCUUCCUAAGUUCUGAUUUUCUCUGUUUGUACUCUGGUUGUGUUUUUGAACUCUCAGCAUUUGUUUUUACCAUAUAGAUUAUACAGUACCUUAAUUCCUGCAUAGACAGCGUUUUGGAUAUCACAAACGCCUGCAGCAUUUUUGGCCAUGCUAACUAUGAUGUAGUAGAUAGUCAGCCAAAUAGGUUACGAGACACAGCCAGUGUUUUACUCCAGAAGAGCGGAUAGCACUUUGACUGUGUCUCCUCAUCCGCCAGGUCUCUGUAACUCACUCAGGCGUUUAACGCAACUCGUCUGAGCAGGAUAACUUCAGAUAAAGCACAGGGAAUAAGCAAAGAGUUGUUAGACUCGUCGGACCAUGCGUGAGGGAUUUUGGAAACUUCUUUGUAUGUUCAUGUUGUCGUUUCGUCCUUUUAAAGCCUCAGCAGCUAUUUAUCAAGUUCCAGUGAGACUGCAGCGCACAGUGUCCGAACACAACACUGGAGCCAACACACUCAACAGGAACUGGUGCCAGUACACAGUACAGAAGACCGUUUCAUGUCAGACACAAAAUGGGACAGAGACUGUUGUGCAGCGACUGUUUCAGAGUUGCCGAUGGCCUGGACCGUGUUCAAACCUCAUCAGCUACAGAACUCUGGUGAGACCUGUGUACAGAGUGACCUACAGGAAAAUCACUUCUCUGGAAUGGCGAUGCUGUCCAGGAUUCCAUGGGGAAGACUGCAGAGAGGAGUGCAUGAACUGUACUGGUUAUGCUGACAUCAAAGAGCGCUUGAGUGUCAUUGAAAAUCAGAUAAUGUUACUGAGAGAUGCCGAGGCACCCCCUCUCCCUCUGUCCAGCCAAUCACCUGAGGGAACAGCUGAUAAUGAGGUGGAUAGGGCACACCCCUCCCCAAUAACACCCAAGGCCAUUGGCCGACCAGGACCAAGAGGACAACCAGGACCUGUUGGGCCCCCAGGUCCCCCUGGGCCUCCUGGACCUUUAGGAAAGAUAGGGUUUUCUGGAAAACCAGGUCCUAUAGGACCUAGAGGACCUCAAGGGCUGCAAGGGCCACCAGGAGAAAGAGGCCUUCCUGGGCCACCGGGGCCUGCAGCAUCUUCUCCCUUCUCCAUCAGGGGAGAUGUUUUCACUCUAAUGGCUAAACAACAUGAUGCGGAUAGUGACUUUGCUGCCUAUCGUGACCUGCAGACUUUACUUGGUCCUCCCGGGCCCUCCGGCCCUCCUGGUCCACCAGGGCCUGCCGGACCACCCGGACACCCAGGUGCCCCGGGGAAAAAUGCUGCCUUAAGCUUUUCAGGCACACCAGGUGACAGGGGACCCAAAGGAGAUCCAGGAGAAAGAGGUCCACCUGGAAUAACAGGAAAGCAAGGGCAGCCUGGAGUUGCAGGUCCUAAAGGUGAGCCGGGAGAGAUUCCAGGGGAGGUGCAGCAGUUAAGGGAAGCGCUGAAGAUUCUGGCCGAGAGGGUUCUCAUUCUAGAACACAUGAUCGGCAUUCAUGAUACUCUGUUGGACUCUGGUUCUGGAAUAGAUCUCCUGGCAGACUUCAUGCUAACAGGCAGUGCUAAAAGUGCUGGUGCUGCCAAACCCUCCUCUCCUCUUACCUCGGACAGAGAGUAGCCGGACUCUGUUGGGUAUGAAGAGUGAAUAACAAACACUUGUGACCACAAGACCUUUAUCCUGACCUUUAGGACAGAUCCCUCAGCGUAUUAUAUGUUGAUGAGAAUAAUGAAAGUGGCACUGAUCUUUUCUUUUUUAUUUACUUGAUGUAUUUUGUUGUUUAAUGGUAAUAUUUUGUCUUAAAAGCAUUUUCAUUGCCAUUCACAACCCAUUUAACUUCCGUAAUAUGAUGUAUUUCAAAGGCGGGCCUUUAUUUUAUCCAUCAGGAAUUGAUUGGAUGUUGAAAUGUGGGCGUCACUUGCCAGAAUGGAGCUAGACUGAAUGUGAGUUUGCUAAAACUAACUAGCUAUUUUGCUACUGGUUAUAAGAUGUCAGCAAAAAAAAAAAAAAGUUGUUUUAGAGUAAGAGCAAGUAAUUAGAUCUGGAUUAAAGAUUAUAAAGACUAAGACCGAAUAACACGCACCAAUGAAUCAUUCACAAUAAAACCAGAAACGUGCAUCAAGAAAGUGACUUUGAUUUCAUGUCGGACUUAAAGGAUUAGUUCACUUCAGAAUUAAAGUUUCCUGAUAAUUUACUCACCCCCAUGUCGUUCAAGAUGUUUCUUUCUUUCUUUCUUCAG